UGGAUCCAUGCCCCUCCACCAUCCUCUGCAUUCAGCCGUGAUCCACCGACAGAAACAGCCUCACUCUAACCGCUGUAUUUUAUUAUUCUUAUUACAGCUGCUUUUUUUGUUGAUCCAGCUGCGGAAUGAAGUCGCUGCUUUUCUCAGCACUGCGGGAUAAAACCAUGAAGCCCUGGCUGCUGUUCGCGCUGCUCGGUCUGGGUUCAGCCACUGGUCCCAGUAAACAGGAGGAUGAAGAUUAUGAAGAUGUUCCUAUAAAUAAAACCUGGGUGCUAUCGCCUAAGGUCUAUGAAAGCGAUGUGACUUUGAUCUUGAAUAAACUGCUGCAGGGUUACGACAACAAACUUCGACCUGACAUUGGAGUACGACCGACAGUGAUUGAAACAGCAGUUUAUGUCAACAGUAUUGGACCAGUGGAUCCUAUCAACAUGGAGUACACCAUUGACAUCUUCUUUGCCCAGACGUGGUAUGACAGCCGACUGAAGUUCAACAGUUCAAUGAAGCUGCUCAUGCUCAAUAGUAACAUGGUAGGCAAAAUCUGGAUUCCCGACACCUUCUUCAGGAAUUCCCGAAAAUCUGAUGCCCACUGGAUCACAACUCCCAACCGACUUCUGAGGCUGUGGAGUAAUGGGAGAGUCAUGUACACGCUAAGGUUGACUAUUAAUGCGGAGUGUUACCUUAAGCUGCAUAACUUUCCAAUGGAUGAACACUCAUGCCCGCUGGAGUUUUCGAGCUAUGGUUAUCCAAAAAACGAGAUCACAUAUCGAUGGCAACGGAGGGCUGUGGAGGUGGCCGACCAGCGUUACUGGAGACUCUACCAGUUUGCUUUUGUAGGGAUGAGGAAUACCACCGAUGAGGCGCACACACAGUCAGGGGAAUAUGUCAUCAUGACAAUCUUUUUUGAUCUGAGUCGGCGGAUGGGCUACUUCACCAUCCAGACCUACAUUCCCUGCAGUAUGAUUGUGGUCUUAUCCUGGGUCUCUUUCUGGAUUAACAAGGAUGCCGUGCCAGCUCGGACAUCUCUAGGAAUCACUACAGUACUCACUAUGACAACUCUGAGCACCAUCUCUAGAAAGUCUCUGCCGAAGGUUUCCUACAUCACUGCCAUGGAUCUGUUCGUCUCUGUCUGCUUCAUCUUCACCUUUGCGGCUCUCAUGGAAUACGGCACAUUGCACUACUUCACCAGCAACCGGCAGACCAAGAAGGGUAAAGCAAACAACAGUGCUCAGCAGAAAGUCCCAAGCAUGGUAAAUAUCCGACCUGGAACGUCCCUGUUGCAGAUGAACAACAUUGUGCCAUAUCACGAGGAUGACGACUAUGCAUAUGACUGUUUAGAUGGAAAAGACUGCGCCAGUUUCUUCUGCUGCUUUGACGACUGUCGAUCGGGGGCCUGGCGAGAAAAUAGGAUGCACGUACGGGUGUCCAAAAUAGAUUCGUACUCGCGGAUAUUUUUUCCUACAGCUUUUGGCCUUUUUAAUCUAGUUUACUGGAUUGCUUAUCUGUAUUUAUAAAACAGAAUGCUUAUUUAUAAACAAAUUAGCUGGAGUUUAACAUCUGCAAACAGCUGCUUUUAGAUAAGCUAUAAAUAACACUGCAAACUUUUGCUUUGAUAAUAUUAAAGGCCCGGCUGCAGAGAGGCAUGGCAUAUUAGUAAUAACAGCUUCAAUACCUUUUCCCUGCACAGCAAUCAGGAAACAGGAUCAAAGUUUGGCUAUUUCUUCUGGAAAUUAGCUGUAAUAUACUGUUUGCACAUGUACAAACUCCAGUCUACACAGAGGAACUAUUGCCAUUAAUCUUUACUACAACAGCCCUAAUAUUUCUCUUUGCCACUUUGCAUUGAUAUCUUGCUUUACACUUUGCAGCUGGAAUUAAAUCAAUUGGAAAAUAGGUUCCUUGACUUUUCUCAGAAAAGCCAGUAACUUAUCCGAACAAUAAGUGAUUAAUGUUAUUCUGAAGAAUCAGGGAACGUACCUUUAAAAAUACAACGCACUGUCCUCCUUUUCUGUGGACUAUCAGGAACGAUGACAGUUGUUUUUAGGGCAGACAGAUUUUAUACUUUUAUGAAUUAUGUGUUGCAAAAAAAGAUUGAGUUAAUGCCCUGUUCAGGUUAACACAUCAGUUCUUAAUUCAACCUUUCCAGCUGUAAAUUGAUUGUUUUCUUACUAAAAAAGUUCAUUUGGAUCCAUGAAAGGCUGCACAUAACUUUAUACAGGUCUGUGGCAUAAGAACUUCUCAGUAACAUUUUCCUAUAUUUCAAUACAGCAAUAGAAAUAUAAAGGGCAGCUUUUGGUAGCAUAUUGAUUGUCAAAGAGAAGAAGUACCCAUUUAGAUAAUUUUAUUCAUCAUUCAUGUAUUGAAAAAGAUCAUUUAUUUGAAAAGUAAAGAAUUUAACUUGUAUUAUGCUGAUAAGGGUUGUUAGAUUACACAGCUUUCAAUUUUUUGUCUUUUAGUUUUAGUUGAAGGCGAGUUCUGUCCUGCAACAGAAAUGUGGAGAAGGCCAAUGUGACUGAAAUGAAAAAGAACCAAACCCCUCUGUAACAGAACACACUUCUUGAAAAAGGAGAGGCUGUGAUCAUAGCAGCAAAGCCAGUGCAUACUGUCUCCAUAUCUGUAUUCAAUGCUAUACAUACAUUCCUGCAUUUUGGAUUGUACGUCGCAAAUCUUUGUUGUUUUUUUACACCUUGUAAUGUUCCUGAGCCUGACAAGUCAGAAUUAUUUAUGCCAUAUACACAGCAAAUUAGUCUAAAAAGCAACAGGUAGAGACAAAUUUCAAAGGGUGAGACUACCUCGUUCAGCGGAAACUGGUUAGAACCAGUCAGAAAACUACAAAUGAUGCAAAUAUGUCUUAAAGACAAGAAAAUAAAGAACAACUGUACAGCAACCAUUUUUUAAGCUUUAAAAGAUAUAUCUAGCUCAUUUAGUACAUCAUUUAAUUGCUCCAUUUCUGCUGCCAUCUUAACUAUCAUAGUAGCAUUAAAACACUGCUGCAUUAUGGGUAGUUCUAGCUCUAUGAGCGAUGCAUAUAUACAUUCCAAAUCGUUUUAUUACAGGUGUUCAGUAAUUCCGGUUACCAAGCCAUGAAUGGUUUCAGGCGGCAUUCUCUCUAUUUGUUUCCUUGAAAAAACCCCAAAGUGUCAGACAAUAAGGAGUAAUUUUCCUGGUUCGUAAACCAAAAUCAACCAUUCCUGCUAAAUAUUUAAAGGCUUUUGUUUUGCACAGGGACUCCAUAUUAUUAAAAACCCUUCCACUCUGCUUUAAAGCUGUUAAGAACCUCUUGUAAAUAUUUAGAAAAAAUGUAACUUUGAGCUGUACAAUGCCUGUAAACCUGGUAGCGCAUUUAAUGAUAAUAUUUUGAUAUAUAUCUAUAUAUAUAUAGAUAUAUAUAUAUAAAAAAAUAAAGAGCGAGCGAGAGAGAGAACAUACUGUAUUUGAACGCUCAUGGAAGCCCAUAACACUAUGACUUUAACCACGCAUAUUUUUUCUAAAAUAACAAAUAAAGGCAUUUUGCUUGGAAUAAGUAGAAAAUGUGGCUUACUUGCUAACAACAGCAAAAACAAUAAUGAGUACUUAAUUUUUUUUAAUAUUUCUAUUUUCCUUGAAAUGAUGAACAGAAUCUUAGUACAUAGAAACAGCCAAUGGGUAAAUGAAGAGGACUUGAGCAGAAAAUGUCAACGCAGAGACAUCUUGCAGGAAGACAACAGCCAGACCACUAAGAGGACCAUCGAUCAUUUGCACAUUAUGUCUUUUGUCACAACAUAAUAGCUUCUAAUGUCCACAGAUUAAAUAAAUUAACUAGGGAUGUUUGACAAUAAUCAAUAGGUGUACAAUCACCUGUUUUUUUUUGUUUUUCAGGUGAUGGUACAGACAGAAUCUUUGUAUGCAGAUGCCUUUUGAGAGUUUUAAUUCCCCUCUAUGGAUAUGUCUGUUGCAUUAGCCACAUGAUUGAUAAUGUGGGAAAAAGUGAGGCUGGCUGAGUUAUUCUCAUUGGGUUUUUGGCAGAAUGUAUGAAUUCUGAUUCCUAAGUAUAUCAGAGUAAUAAUGCUGGUAGAACAGGAGAAGAAAUUGCAAUGUCUACCUUAAAGCUGCUGAAAUUUUAGUAUUUCAGAAUACUGCUUUUGUUUCAAGUGUCAUCAACCACUGGUGGGGUCUGAUUGAUGGUUCCUGACUUGGAACUCUCUCCUGGAGACAUUAUUAUUACAUUUUCACUUUUUGACCCCACAUUCAAGUUAUUACUUCCUUUGUCUUAUGGUAAUUAUGUGCGAUUAAGCUGAAUUUGGACUUUCCAAACAACACCAUCGCUCUUCAUAAGUUUUUUUCUGCAAUCAUGACACAUCUGUCGGAUAUCAAUUUUAUGAAAAGAUUGAUUAAAUAUGCUGUUAAUAGAAGAACCAACUCCUUUACUUAUUUUACCCAAACUAGAAAACAUCGAAAAGCUAAAUUUUCUUCCUACACAAUGAAAGUGGUAAUUUGCAGGACUAGAGUACAGCCAAAAUGUUUGGUAGAUGCUACAAAGAAAAGGUCAGAUUAUAUGUUUUUUAUGUUAAUAUCACUUUGUAUUGGAUCAAAUGAAAGUAAUAAGUUUGAAACAUAAUUCAGAAUUCAUGUUGUCUUAGACAGA